CAGGUCCACUUGUCUGUAAAAAAUUGAAACGCACGUCCAGUUGGAAAACACAGUCUAUUUUCCGAACAACAAAAGAAUGGCGCAUUUUUCUGUUGCCUCACUCACCCAAGUUGUUUGGUUGUUGGUUUUCAUCUGCUGGACGCCGAGUUCGACUGGCGCUGCCUUUUCCUUAGAGGAAGAAUUCCUACAACUGAAGGAAAAUUAUAUUCAAAUGACACAAGUCGUGAAAAGUUUGGAGGCCAAAGUUGAACAACUAAAAAGUUUGGAGUCGACAGCGAUUGAACAGCAGGCAAAAGUGACACAACUGGAGGCCAAAAUGACACAACUGGAGUCGCAAGGCGAACUAAAUAAUGAACAAAGACAAGAUUUGACAUUGAAAGUAACUCAAUUAGAGGUAAAAAAUGUCCAACUGGAAGUCAAAAUUGAAAAACUGGAGGCCAAAGUUGAACAACAAGAUUCGCUUUUGACUUCCCUUUUACGCGAGAAAAAUGAACGCACAGCAACCAACUUUAACUCGGUUGCAAUUAGCAAUAAUCAAUCGGCUGUUGUUUCCAUCAACGGACUGCCGUCUUCAUGCGGGGAUCUCAAAAUGAUUGGCCACAUUUGGAGUGGAAUUUAUUCCGUCAUGGGAUUGGCAAAAAUGGAAUCCGUUUACUGCGAUUUCACUAAACUCCCUGAAGAUGAGGGCUUUCAGAUUUGGAUCGGAUACGUCGACGUCAAAUCGGCGCCCGUCCAUUUCUACGUCCAGAGAAAUUCUUCAUUUUCCGAAACAUUAUACACUAAUACUCCGAUUCCGUUCGAUUUUGCGCGGGUGAACGAGGGAAAUGCCAUGGAUUUGACAACGGGGAAAUUCAAGGCACCGCGACCGGGAACUUAUUUUUUCUCUUUCGCGGGAGUGGCGCGUCUUGAAUCUUCAUCUUCUUAUGUUCAGUUUAAUUCUGAUCUUUUUUUGAACGGGAAACGAAUCGGGGCGAGUUUAGUCGUAGAGAAUAACGUCCCCGUCAAUCAAUAUAGUCCAAUGUCUUUGCAGUCGACGCUCAACUUGGAAAAAGGCGAUCAAGUCUAUGUGAUGAUUUAUUACGAUGGUUCAUCCUCGUAUUUGUUUGACGACAUUUACCACCGGACCCAUUUCACGGGUUUCAUGUUGGAGGAGGAAAUUGUGGCGUCCCUUUGAGAUUCAACUUCAUCGGCGACGCACGAAACAUUUUUGACACGCAAUUUUGGGGAAGGAAAUUUUAAGGGGGAAGGGGAAAUAAUUCAUUCGACUCUAAUUCAUUUAGGGGUAGAAAUUUAUGUACCAAAGUUAAACUGUGGAUGCAAUCACACUUACUGAAUACACACACCAAGUUUUAAGUU